GUCAUUUCCGUUAUAACGAUGAAGCAUCUACGGGUAUAUGUUGUAAUAUUUGGCUUUAUUUCAUACAUAUUUGUCCGUCGCUUUGGCAAAGACCGACACGAAGAACUUAUUCAGUCCUUGGGUAGAUAUAAGCCUGAUGAAUGUCCUGCGGGCAUUGCCUUAUACCGGCUUGCGACGGAAACUACUUUAUACAAAGUGCAGAUCCAAGAGAAAUUUCCCCACGAUGUGAGUCCAGAAACGAAGUUCUUAAAGCAUUGCUCGUAUGAGGAUUUUAUGUCGAAUGGUACGAAUUUGUUAAAAGAAUACCGUGAAGGGAUGCAAUCGGUGGAUACUGCUUUAACGCACCUUCUUAGACAGUUCUGCUCCAGUAAGAGCGAAGAAGUUGUUCGGGAUUCGAAGGAAGCGUUUGAAGAAAACAGCACUCUUGCAUAUUUGUUGGAGGUAGUGAAAGGCCCCGAAGCCCGCGGCCCACCGGACCUCGAGACCACGUCCUACUACACGAUGACGCGGGGAAUCUUCCCAGGAACGCUGUGGUGCGGCUUCGGAAACAUAGCCGAGGACACUUACGGAAAGUUGGGAGAACAUUCCGAGACUGACGACUGUUGCAGACGACAUGAUUUAUGCAAGCCGAUAAUUAAAGCUUUCCAGGAACGUUAUUUUUAUUCCAAUCCAAGCGUCUUUCCCAUCAGCCACUGCGGGUGUGACGUCAUGUUCUACGACUGUCUUCUGAAAGCGGACUCAUCGACUUCCAAAAUGAUUGGACGAAUUUUCUUCAAUCAUGUCAAAAUGAAGUGUUUUGAUUACGAUGUAAGAGAUGUAUGUGUGUCCACUGUAUUCGGGCUUUGUACGGAAAAGAAGCAGAAGUGUGUAGCUGUUCUUAAGAGUAAUAAAAUAUUCCCAACUUAGUGCGUUUAAUUGUUAUAGAUAAAAAGAGCGGCAUCGUUUCAGUAAUUUCUGGAUUAUAAAUCUAUUUAAAUGUCAAUAAAUUAGUUUAAUACUG